AUGAGCGAUGACGCGUCAAUUUUAUUCUACGAAGGGAUUAACCUGAUUUUUGAUAAGUGGACUGUUCUCCGUUUGGCUGUGACGAACAACUGGGGAGGGCCAAGUUCGGAAGAGAAAAAAAAAAAACUAAUCGAAUAUGUUCACAGCUACGUGUUGUCGGCUAGCAGCCCAAAACACAAACUGUGCGACUACUUGAGGGACGAAAUGAACACCUUGUUCAACGUAGACAUUGAGGAUGACAGUGAUAUCGAAGUCUCCGAUUUGAUAUUGGACCUGUACAGCAACUUGAAAAAGAACAACCUGGACAUUAUAGAACAAAUCAAACAGAUAAAGGAGUCCGACUUGACGCACUGCAAGGAAAACAACUUAGUAGAGGAAGCCUACGAUUCUGAAGAGGCUGAAUCGGGAAGUGAUUUUUCAGACGAAGAGCAGUCAGGGAGUGACUACUCGCAUGAGGACCAUUCUGAUGGAGAAAAACCAAACGGUCAAUAA